CUGAAAGGUGAUGAGAUGGAAGUGGCUCUUAAAAAGGUGGUCUUCCAACUUCAAAAGUUCAAGGUGCAUUCAUAGACCAGGUCCUGCAGGAGCAUCGGGUUGAGCUCAGGCCCACCACCCUCACAGAGGAGAGGCAGCUGACUCAGCUCCACAGAAAGGCCUUCUCUUCCAAACUACGGAGACUUCUGUCCCUUAAACAUCUGCCAGAUAUAUACCCUGAUGUCCUUAACCUUCUCUAUCAUGCCAGUGUCUGCAAGUUCCUUGAUUCCACUGCUACAGAUGGUGUCCAAAAAAUGCCCAGGAGUAGAAACCAGCUUAGCGUUCAAGAGCGAGAGCACGGACAGCUCAGAUGAAUCAGCCGGCUGUGUGAAUGGCGCUGAGGAAUUCUACCUCGAGUCCUCCAGACCUCUCACACCGGAAACCACAUGUGUGGACAAGCUGGAAAAACAAUUUUGCCUCCAGAGAAAGAAAAAGAAAGGCAGAGUAAAGAUUUCCUCCAAGAGGACGUUUUUAGAGGAGACCAGUUCAUCGUCACAAGAGGAUGAGCUCACAGAGGAACCGGCGAGGUGGAGCGUCGUCAGUUCCUUAGACAGAGAUGAAUGGGAAGUGUCUCCUGUGACUUCCACUGACAGUGGACCACAUGUGGAGGUAAAGAUCGAAGAAGAGCCUGAGAACUCUGCCUGGGGGCGACCUUUGACCUCGGAUGACUUCUCCUCUGAUAGCACCGAUGAAGAGACGGAAAGCACGUCAUUGAUGUCUUUUCAGAGCCGCAGAUCCAGCUCAGCAGAAUCUCAGAGCUUGUCCAAAGGGCCUCCACCAUGGUCCUCAAGCUGAGGAAGGUCUUCUACAAUAAGGGUCGCGGGGGUAGAGUCACCCGCUACCAGAAGGUCACCGAUUCUUUGGAGGCUCCCGCAAGGUUCAGACGCACAGACAGCGAGCAUUACAGAAAAAAGGAACACAAAUCCUCCAGGCACAAAAGAUGCCACACGGACGGGGAGAUUUCUUUCGGUUCGUACUCUCAAAGCCGUCCGUUCCUCU